GCCUUAAAAGAAAAGCUCACCACAGCCCCCGUCCUUGCCUACCCUAAUUUUUCACAAGAGUUUUUGCUUUUCACGGAUACUUCGGGAAUUGCUCUUGUGACUGAACAAGAGUGUCUGGCCAUCGUAUGGUCCGUAUCCCACUUUCGACAAUAUCUUCAAGGCACCCAUUUCAUUGUUAUAACUGAUCAUUCUGCACUCAAGUCCUUGCUUCGUCACAAGCUACAUCAUAGACGUCUUGCUCGCUGGAUUUUGGCCCUACAGGAAUAUACCUUCACCGUCGUUCACCGUGCCGGAAAAUCUUAUUCUAACGCUGACAGUUUAUCCCGUAUUGCUGAAUCUUCUACUACAAAGCCUGCCAAUUUUUGA